UCUCUCUCUCUCUCUCUCUCCCUCAGCAGUGGCAUGAAGGCAGAGCAGCAACAGAAAUCAGACAUAAGAGCAGAGUUCAUUGAGAAGGCUGCAGAAAAAGAAAAAGGUGAACCAAUAAGGCAGCAGCUAAAAGUAAAUCAUCCCUAUUGUCCUACAGUUCAGCUGAAAGGGGGUGCCAUUACUUUUCCUUGAAAUGUGUGAACGCAGUCCUCCUGCGAUACAACCCCAUGCUAGUGGUAACGUGACCAUGGUGGGCAUCGGCAUCAAACUGGAGGAGGUGCCUGUAGAUGGAGGCGGAGUCAGGGAAUCGCAGCAGUCCUCGCCUUCGUGCGAUUGGCCGUCACGGCCGCUGAGCAACCCCGAAAAGUUGACGUCCCGCAGCACACAAUCUCCUCUGGCGAGAUCACCCAGCAAAGAGCCAGUACACACACACAGUCCCAGCAGCCAGGACAUGCUGAACAGACCCAACAGCAGACCCGGAGCCCAGCCCAAUGUCAACGAGGUCCUUCCCACCAUCGAGAAGAUCCUGAACUCGGAUUGGAGGGAGAAGAUCCAAGUCACUGCUAAUGUGAAAGGCACUCCAGAAAGCCUGGCUGAGAAGGAGCUUCACCUGUUGCUGAUGAUUAACCAGCUGUCUGCGCUGAGGGAGCAGCUGUUAGGAGCGCACUCGGAGCAGAGGAACAUGGCCGCCCUGCUCCUGGAGAAACAACAGCAGCAGAUGGAGCUGGCUCGACAGCAGCAGGAGCAGAUUGCUAAACAGCAGCAGCAGCUGAUCCAACAGCAGCACAAGAUCAACCUCCUUCAGCAGCAGAUCCAGCAGGUAAACUUGCCCUAUGUGAUGAUCCCGGCUUUCCACACCAACACACAGCCGCUGCCCGUGUCCUCUGAUACCCAGAUGGGACUCCCGCUUCAGCCCAUUCCCUGCAAGCCAGUGGAAUAUCCCAUGCAGCUCCUCCCAAACCCUCACUCCACCCAUCUGAAAAGAUCCAGUGGUACAGUCUAUCGACAGGAGAGCAGUCAGCCGUUGAACCUCACAGCCAAACCCAAGAGCCCCCAGAGUCUGGAUCUUCCCUCUUCCCACCUGCAGUCCACCUACAGGAGCAGAGAUGUUCAGCACAGCCCACCUCGACCUGCACUUAGCCUGGGCUUCUUGGGCGACGGCGAUCUCGUGAGCCAAACCAUCCAUGAAGCCCAGCAGCUGUUGCGAGGAAGCCAAGGUCCGGCGAGCCGGGAGAGGGACGGCGGCACGAGGCUGGUGAGUCAGCGUCUUAAAGCAGCAAGCACCAGGAACGAUUAUAAAGAAUCGUCCCGAGCCGAUCGCAUCCUUCACGUGGACCGGGCCGAGGACAGACAAUCUGUACGGACGAACGACGAGCAUCUCAGCGAUGACUCAGAAGGGCAGAUGGUCUCAGGAGUUGGGGGCUACACUGACAGCCGGAGCUCCUCUUCUGGUCACAUCAAGAGACCCAUGAACGCCUUCAUGGUGUGGGCGAAGGACGAACGCCGGCGCAUCCUGCAAGCAUUUCCUGAUAUGCAUAACUCGAGUAUCAGCAAGAUCCUGGGAUCACGCUGGAAGUCUAUGUCCAACCAGGAGAAGCAGCCGUACUAUGAGGAGCAGGCCAGGCUGAGCAGACAGCACCUGGAGCGCUACCCCGACUACAAGUACAAGCCCCGGCCGAAGCGUACGUGCAUUGUGGAGGGCAGACGGCUGCGUGUGGGCGAGUACAAAGCCAUGAUGAAGAGCCGCAGGCAGGAGCAGCGCGCCUCGUAUCCACCCAGCCAAUCAGAUCAGCAGCUGCACUACUCGACGGUCGACGCUCCGUACUCCACCAAACCCAUGUCCAUGACCCUGCCUCUGCACCCUUCCCUUCUGGAGCACUACCUCCCUCGUUCCCUCGAUCCACCCCAAGCCUCACGUGGCCCGGAGGAGGCGGACGGACCACGUUGCAAACCACAGUACAGCGAGGGAGAAGAGAGUGAAGGAGGAGAGCGCAGCGAGGGCGAGCUGGUGGUCCUCACUGACUGAGACAGGGCUGGGAGCUGAGAGCAAGGUGCUGUGAGGUGAAACCUUCGGGGUUUCCGGGGCAAGGUGCUUUCACACUUCACCUGGGAGAAAGAACCAUUGCUUUUUGCUAGACUACUUUUAACACCAGCGGCGGUGACAAAGUUAAAAGACGGCUUAUUAAAAAACUGCUCGAUAUUUAAAAAUAAUAAUAAAUGUAUUUUACAGUCCUUCAGUGCUGCUGAUGCUCAGAGUUUCAGGAGGAAACACACACACGUGCAGCAGAUAAACACUGGGCUUAUGUGUAGUCGAGGCUAAACUAAUCGUUAAUAUGUUUACUACUUACCCCAAUAAAUUUCUAACGCUUACUUUAGUUUGGCACUUGUAUUCCUGGAUUAAUGUUAACGGAAACGUAUACGAAGUUCUCUUGUUAAAAAGAAAACCUAAAGAAAAUAUCUUUUAUAUAUAUUUGUCCAAACGAUUCCUCUAGUUGAAGCUGAAAUCAAUCAAUAAGUUUACAUUAUAUCGAACUGAUCGAUUUUUAAACCUACAAUUUACCUCGAACGCAUCUGAUCAGAUGUGAUGUGUUUUAGGAUUCGUUUUGCACUGGAGCUACAAAGCUAAAAUGUUGGAGACUAACGACGUGACGUUCUUGUAACUUCUGUUAACGUCUAGAACGAACGAGGAGCAGGAGGUCCAUCCGGCUAACAGCUCGUGGGCUGAAUCUGACCUGAUCAAGGUUUAAUCUGGCUUACAUAAUGUGUUUAGUGCCAUGUUGUUCAGCUGUAAACGUACUGAACAAUUUCAGGGGAAAAUUAGAACGAUAAACACCGGUUUUGACGAAAAGUGCUAAUGAAUUAAAAUGAUAAGGAAAAAAAAAUACAUGAAAGAACCAAUAUUACAGUAGGUGUUUUACAAGUAAUGGGGUGUGAAUACUUAUGCAAUCAACACUUUUUGUGUUCUUGGUUUGCACCAAACUUUUUUUUUUAGUUCACUCCACAUGACUUUACCUAAAAUCUCGUCUUUAAUUCGUGACCAGUUAUGUCGUUGUUAUAAAUCUGGAACACGUAUGUAAUAUAUCACAGUAAUAGAUGCGGCGAAAAAAACAGGUUCAACUGAUACAACAGAACCAGUUACUGUAUUAUUGCCACUAAUUAUCAUCAUUAAAAAAUAAACAACAGCUUAGCAUUUUCAAAAUUGUCUCAAUUUUUAAGCGCUUAUUAAUUAAUCACGUAAUAAGGAAACUGGAAAAUUACAAGCUGGAGCCUAAAUGUUCGACCAGUUGGACCAGUUUAUCCUGUGUGGAAGUGUUUAUUUUUAGCUGUUCACACUAUGCUGGGUUUGUUUGUUUAUUUAUUAUUAUUUUUUUUGUUUUAUGUAGUGAAACCUUUAAUCCCGUUAAUAAAUUUCCAUAAAGUUUGAACUAUUGAAACUAAAAUUUCCCGUAUAUACAAUCCCUUAACGUUGAAUUGGUGUUUAAUCCUUCUACCGAUGAUGUAAGAACAUCUGAAUACGUAAAAAAAAAAGAAGUUUAAAUAUCGUUAUUAUUAUUGUUGUCGUUGUGUCUCAGGACCUCCGGUAAACGCUUCCCCUGCCUUAAGCUAGACUUCUUUUUAGAGCCAAACUCGGCACCUUUCCACGCUUUGGUUGUGCCGAAUGGCAAAAGGGAAUUUAAAAAAGAUGAGGAAAUAUAAUCAUCCUACUUUUAUUUAGAUUUCUACGCUCAUAGUUCUACCCUAAAUCUUAAACACACACAAAAAGGUACCAAUCUGUAUCUGUUCCUUGUCGAAGCCAUGCUAUUAUUUCCCAUCGUUUUUUGUCUUUAGUAUCUUUUAACAAAGGUGAAGGUGAUUUUGUGGUUUAAUUUUGAUUCACUUUUAUAGCUUUUAGCAGUCAUGAUGUGCGCAUUGUACUAUUUUUUUUUUAAAAAAGUUGAAAGAUACAAAACGACAAGGAAUAGUGAAGCUUGGUGCCUUUAUUUCUGAAAGUGUACGCCUGAUGGCGCCGUCUGCUGUUCAGGAGCGGUAUUGACCUCGAUCUGUACAGUAAUGUGAGGCACACAGGCAUGAACAUGCACUUUUAUUCUUUUAUUUAAAAAAAAAAAAAAGAUUAAGAUCUAUAUAUUUGGCCAGAGUGGGUAAAGUUUAUAGAAAUACCUGAGAAGUCAUUUAUCUAGCCUCGCUUUUUUGUCCCUAUCAUUUUUAUGUAUAUAGCUUGGGUUUGUGUUUACGUUCGUAAUUAUUUGACUUCUCAAACUUUUUUUUUUUAAAAAGCUGAAAUGAAAUAUGAAAAAAAAAAAAACCAGUAAGAAGAAAAACUGAGGAAUAAAAGAAAAGCGUGAAUUAUCGCUAGCUGGCGUAUAAAACAAACAAGCUGGAAUCAUGUAUAUAUUUUAAAAAAGGAAUGAAUACCGUUUGUAUCUGUACCUGUAAAAUCAGAUUUUAGGGGGGG